AGUAUAUAGCAUGGCAUAUGACUCCUUCGGUGGCUAUUCGCGGUAUCGCACACAGUCGUCGUGGGACCCAGUCGACGUAUAUUUCGUCGUCGGGAUAUCCGUGUAAUUGCAACUACGAUCCAUUAUGCCGUCAGUACGAAGGAUGAUCCUGGGUCACGUUAUGUCCGGCUUGUAUAACAAGAUGAAUCGCCGGAAGAAAUUGGACGGUGACAUGCUUGAGACUCCAAUGAAGAGAUGUCUUUCUACCUUCGACAUCACGUUGCUUGGCGUGGGUCACAUGGUCGGUGCUGGAAUUUACGUGCUGACAGGAACGGUUGCACAUGACACGGCUGGACCUGGUGUGAUUUUCAGCUUCCUUGUGGCUGGUCUGGCUUCCGUUUUGGCAGCACUCUGUUAUGCAGAGCUUGCUGCUCGAGUGCCAAAGGCAGGCAGCGCAUACGUCUACACAUACGUCUCCAUUGGCGAAUUCUGGGCUUUCAUCGUGGGAUGGAAUCUCAUCUUGGAGCAUGUGAUUGGCGCAGCAUCUGUAGCAAGGGCUUGGAGCGGAUACGUGGAUUCGUUAGUCGGCGGUGUGAUUAGCAACUACACGCGCGAUGUGGUGAUGGAUGGAUAUAGCAUGGGAGAGCCGCUGGGUGCUGUUCCGGAUUUUCUGGCCAGUGGAUUAUGUCUAGCUUACGCUACGCUUUUAGGAUUAGGGGUGAAGGCAUCAACGACGGUGAAUUCGCUGCUAACCAUCGUCAAUCUCGCAGUGAUGGGACUGGUCAUCGUUCUGGGGAUUUAUUAUGCAGAUAUUACGAAUUGGAGCAGCGAAAACGGGGGUCUUUUGCCAUAUGGUUUCGGCGGCGUCAUCACAGGCGCAGCAACAUGCUUCUACGCGUAUGUCGGCUUCGAUUCGAUCGCGACUUCCGGGGAGGAGGCUCGCGAUCCCGGACGAAGUAUUCCCCUGGCGACGAUGAUCUCUAUGGUGAUAGUUACCAUCGGAUACAUGAUGGUCAGCGGCGCCCUGACGUUGGUCGUACCAUAUUGGGCGAUCAAUUCUAUCGCGGCUCUUCCAGAAGCCUUUUCAUCCAGAGGUAUCCCGUGGGCUAAAUAUGUAAUAAGCGUGGGUGCUCUUUGCGGAAUGACGACGACCCUUUUCGGAUCCCUCUUCUCUCUCCCGAGGACAAUGUACUCCAUGGCGAACGACGGUCUGUUAUUCGGCUUUCUUGGCCGCAUCAACGAGCGAACGCAAGUGCCGAUGUGGAAUCUUGUCAUAAGUGGACUAUUCAGUGCCUUAAUCGCUCUAGUAUUUGACCUUCAACAUCUGGUGGAGUUUAUGUCCAUCGGCACUCUCCUCGCGUACACUAUCGUCGCGGUCAGCGUCAUUAUGCUGAGGUAUCUACCUGAGCAACAGUCGUCCGAUCAAUCCAGCGUCACUACGCCGAGCAGUCUGUCCUCGCCACCCACGGAGGAAGCGGAUUCCAGCAAUUACAGCAGCAUGGCAUCCGUCAAAUCCGAAUUACUAUGCGAAGGAGCUGGUAGAUUCAAACCACGAUACGCCUGGAUGGAAGAAUGGUUGGAGGAUUAUGAUACCAGACACAUCAUGACCGCCUGUCUACUUAUUUAUACGAUAACCUGCGCCUUCCUGAGUAUUUUCCUAAUAAUAGCGUUUGAAACGACAGUUCCAUUCACGAAGAGCGAUUACCUUUCCGCGGCGAUCUAUCUUCCGCUACUCAUCGCGAAUUUACUCUUAGGUCUUUUCGUCAUUGGUGCUCAUAGACAAAAUCCGCCGAAUGGGAAGUUUCGGGUACCGCUGGUACCCUUCAUACCAGCGCUAAGCAUCCUCUUCAACAUGGGUCUGAUAAUGCAUUUGUCUUCGAUGACGUGGUUACGGUUCUUCGUAUGGAUGACAGUCGGAAUGAUGAUUUACUUCCUGUACGGUAUCCAUUAUAGUAAAGAAGCAACCACUACUCCAAACUCAUAUUCCAUCUUGAUGGCCACCUCAGAGGCAGAAAAAGGUACAAAAUGGGGAUCGACGUUGCGAGUUAGCCCAAAAAGCGACAAAGCACCUAUUUUGGAUGACAAGGAACUUGUUCACUAAAGAUAAGUUAUGUUUUUUUAUCAAUUUUGUGUUUUCCUUGUUUAAUUCUUUUACUAGUGAAGUCGCGAAAAUCGUAUGAACUUUAAUACCGAAGUAAAGCUGCCGACAACGAAGCACAAUACAGGUUAAUGCAACGAAAUACAGAACAAAAUAACGUAAUCUUCAACAAUUUUCAAUUAAUUUUAAUGUAAUUAACGCACAAUUAAUAUAUUCGGCUACUUAAAUGUCGCAAUUUAUUUCAUGUCUUAUGUAGAAUCUACUUUCUACUAUUCUGUUUAUAUGCUUUCUUUGUAUUUCGGCGGCUUCACUUGACACACAAAAAUUUACUUGAAAUUGAAAGUUUAAGCGUAAAAUAUAUAUUUUGUAAAUAUCGAUCUUGCAAAAGAUAGACGGACUCGUACAACUCUUCUCGAAAGUUUUGUCUGGUACAAAUAACUAUAUAUUUUUGGUAUACUUAGCCUCAUCUAGUCUCCGACUAAUUACGAGUAAUUUGUAUAAUUUUAAGAAUUGUUGAUGAUCGUGUUUUUUUAAUACAAUCAACGAAGUAUUGUAACGUCGCGUUUCUCUUUGUGAUUAUUAUUAUAUA